AUGGAGUCCUCUUCAACAUCAAGAACCCCCAGUGACUUCUUGAGCACAGUGCUGGGUAAAACUGUUAUCGUUAAACUAAACUCUGGCAUUGACUACAAAGGCACUUUGGCUUGUUUGGAUGGUUACAUGAACAUCGCUUUAGAAAAUACCGAAGAAUAUGUUGAUGGAAGAUUAAAAAAUAAAUAUGGAGACACCUUUUUAAGAGGAAAUAACGUGUUAUACAUCAGCGCUACCAAAUCCUAA